AUGAGAACUUCACCUCUCCUCGUUGUUAAACCAUUAGACUUGAGGGGUCCAAAAAACUCUUAUUAUCGAGCUACUUCCCACAUUUCUUCUCUCGAUAUCUUUGGUGGCUCAGGCUCUGCCAUCUGCACAGCCUCUCGAAUAACCCCGACAUUUUACUUCUCCUCCGCCUGUUCCCGCCAGCUUGGUGGUGACGACCAAAGCAUGGUCAAGGGCUCCGAGGACAAGCUAAAAUCAUACUUCGCGCAAUCAACUGGCCGGCAGCGCCGACGAGACGGUUCAUCGCCGUCGGAGUCGCAGGCCAGGUCCACUGUCAAUAGGUUAACAGACUCAAAGACUCAGAACUCACCCCUUACGUCUCUCAGCUCAGACAGAGGCGGUCCGAAUGUGGACUCCAGCAAAAUAAUUAGCUCUCCAUCCCAACGGAGCAUAACAAACUCACGCGAAUCGCGCGGCGCAUUUCAAACUCUUGCAAAGGCAGCAUCAGAAUCAAAGGGUCAGCAUGGGGAGCUUGAUAACAUCAGCGAUCAUGGGUCUGACUGCUCGACCAGCAGUCGAUCCACGCGUAUUUCUAUCGCAAGCUCCGUCACCUCUGUAGCCUCCACUUAUCCUGAAAGGGUUUGGAAGCAGAAGAAGAAGGAGCUUGUCGACAAGCUGAUGAUACAUUUUUUCGCUUACUUCAGACCUUGGAUCGAGACAAAUUUUGGUAUCGAAUCCUGUAGCGAUGGCGAGCAUCAAGGUGGAAGUUGUUCGGAAAAUUCGCAAUCGGCUGGACAGGGUGGAACAAACAGUAACAAUAAGUCAACAGCCAGCCGCAAGAGACAGCAGAGACAUUCCAGCGGUGAAGGUGGUGAGAUGAAUCCAACCGAUGAUGAGGACAACAAAGGGAACGGCGGAAGACGCAACAACAAAAGGGCCAGACAAGACAAGGAAGAUGCCCAACAGCGAAGGUUCGCAUGUCCCUACUACAAGAACAGUCCACAAGCCUUUAAGAAUUACAGGACGUGUCGGAUGGGUGGCUUCGCCACUACGGCCAGACUCAAGGAGCAUCUCUACAGGAAUCAUACAAAGCCGGAGUAUCAGUGCAACAGAUGCCUCGAAGACUUGGGCUCAGAUCAAGAGCUCGAGAACCAUCAAAGAUUGGACAACGCAUGUGUGAAGAAAACUUCAAAGAAGGACACCCGUCUAUCAAGGGCACAAGUUCAAGAUCUUAAAGCCAAGAAACCAUCUUUAUCAGAGCACCAAAGAUGGGAGGACAUAUAUGGCAAGAUCUUUCCUGGAGAGCCUUUGCCUAAAAGCCCUUACUGCGACGGUGAACUUACCGAGCUCGAAAACCUAGGGGAAUUUCUGGACAAGGAAUUCCCCCCUCUUUACCGCGAGGUUCUAGAGAAUGAGGUUGACCUAAUGAUGGGAGGCUUGGAAGCUGAACUAAAAGACAGGCUUGUCAACAAGGUACCAUCGCUCUUUAGAAAACUCCUGGAAGAGUAUUGUCAUCAGAAUUCCCUCAACAAUCAGCAUCAUCGAGACGGGGACAGCAAGUCCCCAUUACCAAGAGCGUGCCGUGAUAGCAACACAAACACCCAUAGCACCGCAGAAAGCUACGGUAUGGCCGCGGAUCGUACCCCCCAUUCCAUUUCAGCGGCAGCACCGCCCCUGGGGAAUCAGCUAUCGAACAUUGAUUUUGGGCAUUUCGCCUCUGGGGGGCAGUUCUUUGAAGGAUUUCAUAGCUUGAUGGAUGAUAUUGGUGAAGGGUUUGAAAACAAUGGUCUGAGGUCCACCGAGAAGGUGGCCACCAAAGACUUCCUCGACUGGCUUGCGGGCGAAGGAGUCCGGCUAGAAGUUGGCCAUGGACAUCUUGAACCCAAAGGUGAAAACGAAUGGAGAUUCACAAACACGCGCGGCAUAGCUAAGCUGGCCAUCCUAAUCAGGAGUAAGUGGAACCAGGUCGGUGUGCCGCCCGAUAUCUUCCUCUUCUUCCAUCACACAGUCCUCAAUCGGGCGAUACAAGCCUUUGCCGCCCGCCAGCUGACGAUCAAUCGGAUCAGCCACGGGGACAUGGAAUACGCCAGCCACAAGUAUGCAACGCAGAAGGAGGCACAUGACAAGCACGUGUUCUUCUUGGAGCAACUUGCCGGCGCCGUCUUGAUCCUCGUUCAGGGAUGGUUCUGGGCAGAGUAA